GGGAAAACAGAAGGAAAGAUUUUGUCGAAAAUGAAUACAAUUCGAGAUGAAAAAAUGUAUUUACGGGCGAGGAUUGGAAGGAAUAUGAAGUGUCCCAAAUGCCACACUUCCUACAGAACAGAUAAUAGGCGUUCCCCAAAUAGACGAGCACCAGUCCUGCUGUCAUGUGGUCACGGUUGUUGCGAAACCUGUGCUCAGAGUGCAUUGUUGUACAUCUGUAGCCUUUGCAAUGAGAAAACAAGAGUUAUAAGAGGUCAACUGCCAAAACACCUUUAUAUUUUUGGCCUUGUUGCAGAGUCUUAUUCUCUCCCCAUCAAUUUAGAUGGACAUUUGGAAAUGAGACUGGAUCCUAUUAGAAUGCUUGCUGUCAAAGAGCAUAUGAAAGGUCUAUGCCAAGAAUGCAGUGAGAACAAGGCUACAUUUAGGUGCAGGAAAUGCAUGUCUGAAUUAUGUGACCCAUGUUUCAAGAAGAUCCAUGCACACAAAACUAUGAAGAAACACAUACCAGAGCCCUUCCACACGGUUCAGUCUGCAUACCUUAGGCCUCCAUGUCCGAGUCACCCUGAUGUCAUCUCCUCUCAUAUGUGCUACACAUGCUCUAGUGAGGAUGUGGGUCAGAAUAUGUUUUGUACAACAUGUUUUAUGUUUGGACCUCAUUGUCAGCAUGAUGUUGUUGAAUUUGACAAGCUUGCAGAGCAGUACAUGACAGAGGUAAAAGUAGGAGUCGAGGAAUUAACAGGUGCCAUAGACCAGCUGGAAGAGAGCCGUUUG